AGGGCACCCAGUGUGGUGGUGGCCGUGUGUUUCGGAUGACUUAGUGUUGAGUGAAGGACAUAACGAUGGCGGAGAGAACAUAAUGGUGAGGGUUGUAGUGCCCAUGAUGGAUGACGUGGAUGAGGCCAUAAAAACAGUGACAGAAUAUGCUUAAAAGAGUGCUGGGAGGACGCGAACAUGGCGUGGGAGCGUGGCACUACAAGCAUCAUGACAGUGAAGGCUGCGCUCAUGCACGACUUGACUGAGGCCGUAGUGUAUUGGUGGGUUAGAACAACGCGGUGGAGGUAAAGAUGUUGGCGUUAUUAUCUAGUACAUUUUGAGCCCCAAGCUUAUCUGCUGAUAACGUGGCGGCAGCGGUUGAAACUUCAGUCACUUGCUUCCUCUAGACCCGUACGCGGGUCAGUAGAUAAGGCUCCGUAACAACGCAGCACGCCUGGCCCUUGUUUGCUAAGAAGAAAGGAGAAAAUCGCCUUUUUUGGUGGGGAGUAUUUGUUGGGAUGGGUGUGCGGGCAGCUGUGGUGGUGGUGGUGUCGAUGGUGAUGGCGGCAGGCGUGGCUGCGGCCCCUCAGGAUGGCAUCACGCUCACCAACGGGUACCAAGGGGUGACAGUGGCCAUCAGCGACCAGUUAGACCCAAACCAAUGUGAUCAGUACAUCGACAGCAUCAAGGCCAUGGUCACGGCGGCGUCUUCACUACUGUUCACAGCCAGCGGGGAAAAGGUUUUCUUUGGAGACGUGGUGAUCGUGGUGCCGCAGCAGUGGGUGUGCCAAGGCAACCCAUCUCAACUGGUGUACACGUGGGACUCGGCGCAUCUCAGGGUGGCCCCUUCCCAUUACCUCUUCGGUGACAAUCCCUGGACGCAGCAACCCGGUGGCUGCGGCGAGCCUGGGGACUGGAUUUAUGUGCCAGAGAAUUUUCUGCUGGGUAAUACCAACGUGGGCAGCCAAGGGAAUGUCCUGGUGCACGAGUGGGCCAAGUUCCGCUGGGGAGUGUUUGAGGAGUAUGGCCACCUGCACGACGCCAUCUUCCCCCAAGUGUACCGCGACGACAACAACACCGCCACGCCCACCUACUGCACCGACACUCAGCUGGAGGGCACCAUGUCGUGUUCAGAAGGCAGUGAAGCAGAUUGCCAGUUCAUCCCUGAGUUGACACAAAACACCAGUGCCACCUCUUCCCUCCUCGCCGCUCCCUUCCUUGACUCGGUGAUUAACUUUUGCGACGCCGCCAGCCACAAUGCAGCAGCGCCCACCAAACACAACCUGCUUUGCGAUCAGAUGAGCGUCAAGGAAGUGAUGGCUCGGCACGCGGAUAUGAGCGGGAACUCCCCCAUCAGCUUGGCGAGCACCAACUUCACGGUGGUGAAUGCGAUGCCGGACUGGCCGCGCACGGCGCUCCUCGUGGAGAACACUACAGCGAUGGCUUGGGAUGGAAAUGGGAAACAGGUGAUAGGACGCUGGAAGCAGCUGCGUGAUAAUGUGCGCCAGUUCAUCUUGCAGGAGGCCGCAGCGGAGAGCUAUGUGGGUGUGGUUUUGUUUGGGAGCAACAUUGCGACUUUCGAUAUGCUUCCACUCACUGAUAACCAGAACAGAGAGAAACUGGCUGAAUUUAUUCCUGAAGAUUCGCCUACUGUGGGGAACAAGGUCUUGGGCGCAGCCAUCAAGAGGGGAGUUCAGCUACUGGGUCCCCAAGGUGGGACGCUGAUUCUUGUGACACAAAACGUGCAAGAAUAUACACCUCCCCCAAAUGAAGAUGUGGUGGGGGCCGCCGAGAACAAUCCUGUGUGGCCAAUUCUGUACCCAAGUGAACAGAAUGUGCCCACACAGAUAUAUGAACAACUGGCUGGUAUUUCUCCAGACACGUCCGUCCUCACAAUACCUAAUGAUAUAUUACCCAGUGAGGAUGGUUAUCCUAUCCAAUCCGUUGAUACAUCUGUAGGGCUUCACGACAGCUUACUGACAGCUGCCGGCAGCCCAACGGUCCGGAGAGCUAAUGGUAAUUGUCUAACUGACGUCUGCAAUAUUGGCCUUCAAGUAAGCGACAACACUGCGUACAUCUCUCCAGCUUAUGUUGAAGUUUUCAAGAGCCCCAGUGAUUUUGCCGUAAUUAGUGUCACUGACCCAAAUGGCGAAACCAUUGCUCCUGCUAACCAAGUACAGUUUGUCAACAUGUAUCAAAUUAACACGUUACAGAAUGGCGUGUAUCAAGUAUCCAUCACGAAUUCCGCAAUGACUAAGAAAGUGAUAGCAGAACUCUGGGCAACUCCCGCUCCGGCGCCGCUCAAUUUGGAGGUGUCUGCGUGGAGUCCCAAAGGACUUGACAAUCUGCCUUAUUCUAAAGGAUCCGCCCCACGCCUACUGGCCACGGUCACCACAAACUCUUCACCGGUGUUGUUGGCGGAUGUCACAGCGGUGGUGGCUAAUAAGGACAGCCAAGGAGCUUCAGUCAACAUCACUCUUAAUGACAACGGUAUCGGGGCUGAUGUGACGGGACAGGACGGAGUCUACUCUGGCUACCUGGUGGGAUUCCAACCCCAAGACAGCGUCGACAUCACUUUGACAACUACAGACAACAAUGGACUGGCCAUGAUGGUGACCCCCUCCCUAAGGGCCGCCCCGACCACCCAAGGAGCCGUGGCUUGCUGUGGAAGUAAGCUGAACGUGUCAAGCCUUCAACUUACAGCCACUGGAAACUUUGCAUUCACCUCGUCUGCUGUCUCGGGACGGUUCACGGGGGUGUCGCCUGGGACGCUUCCCCCGGGCCAAGUGACGGACCUCCAGGCGUUUCGUACUGGCCGUGAUGUGACUCUCUCCUUUACAGCUCCGGGAGCACAACUUGACCAAGGCGAAGCGGACUGGUACGCGGUGCAGUGCCAGGUGGGCGGCGCGGACCUGUCCCCUAUCGGCAACAUUUCUGGAGUGGCGGCGGGAUCACCGGUGGAGGAACAAGUUACACUUCCGGACUGCAACAAAGUGUACACCUUGACUGUGGUGGCGUACUACAAUGGCGUGCAUGGCAGCGUCUCCAAUGGUGUGCGAGAGAUGGCGGCGUGCAGCUCUACCAGUGGUGGUCUGUCAGCAGGAGCCAUCGCUGGCAUCACCAUCGGCUGCAUCCUGGGAGUGCUCCUUAUAGUUCUGCUGGUGUACCUGGGUCUGAACAGUGACCACCUGGAUGACCUGUGGGUGUGGAGGAUGCUGACCUGCCGUUGCUGUCCCUGGUGCAAGGACACCAAGGAUGACGAUGACCUGUACAGCCCGCCAUCUCAGGCCAGGCGGACUGACUUCAUUCGUGGCAACAAUGGAGGCGCGAAGCCAGUGCGUAGCUUGGCUGACCUGUACUCCAGACCGAGUGUCGGGGUGAAGAAGGAACAGCAGCAGACAAGUUCUCAAGACGAAGAUGACGGAGGGUUUGGAGAACGUAUGAAACAAAACAAAAUGCAGAUGAAGGCAGUAGAAGAUGGUGAAAGUCUGGCAUCGUCACACAGCACCCUGCCCAUCAACCAAGUGGGCCUCCCUGUCGGUAGCGACAACCAUGCCUACGACGACGGCCCCUACACCUCCUACAGGACUGCGCCCCCAGUGCCAGCACGCAGGGCAAACACGCAAGUGUAGGGCGAGUUGUGUCCGUGAUAGGUACAAUGCCAAGACACAUCCUCCUCAUCUACAACACCUGCACCUGUCGCUCUCCAAUCACCCUUGGCAUUUCUCCCUACAGCGCGUCCUUUACUCUCCCACACCUCCUAUAACGUCACCAAACCCUCGCCCUACACACGCCUUCAGUCCUCCUCCUUUACUGCUGUGGACAGAGAGAUUCAAACACCACAAAUGUCUCCCCAACAAAACUAUUAAUAUACAUUGACGUGAUUUUGUGGAAUGAUAUCGAUAAUAACUUUUACGCACUAAUUCUUUACUUUAUUCAAUAUUAAAUCGCACUUGAUUGCACUGUA